UUGUGUCCAUCACUUCGCGUCAUUUCAGGUUGUGUACAGGGACGUUUUGGAGCCGAAUGUUCAGAAUUGUGCGAAUGUGCAAAUGGGGCAGUAUGCGACAAGGAAACUGGUGGUUGCAUUUGUCCACCUGGUUUUAUCGGUACAAAAUGUGACACACCUUGUCCAUUAGGGCGUUAUGGAGAUAACUGUGAGAAAGUUUGUUCUUGUGAAAAUGGUGGGACUUGCGACCGACUAUCAGGACAAUGCAAAUGUGCUCCCGGAUUUACGGGCCUCACCUGUAAUCAAGUUUGCCCAGAAGGACGAUGGGGCCCUGGAUGCAAAGAUAAAUGUCGAUGUGCUAACGGCGCACAUUGUGAUCCAGCAACUGGAGAAUGCAAGUGUAAUCUCGGUUAUAUGGGAACAACGUGUGAACAAAGUUGUCCAUCUGGAAAAUAUGGCUUGAAUUGCACCCUGGACUGUGAAUGUCACGGAAAUGCUAGAUGUGAUCCAGUUCAAGGAUGCUGCGACUGCCCGCCAGGUCGAUAUGGAACCAGAUGCCAAUUUGUCUGCCCCGUUGGUUUUUACGGCUGGUACUGUAGUCAGUCAUGUUCCUGCCAGAACGGUGCCUCUUGUGAGCCAGGAGAUGGCCAGUGCCUAUGCCCGCCAGGAUUUGAAGGAGACCAUGUAAGUAACCUUUGUUCGAUAGAGCAUAGUCAGAAGAAUAACUUUUCUAAGUGCGAGACAUCAUGCAAAAACUCUACUUACGGACCUCACUGUCAUCUAAAAUGCGAUUGUGGCGAUUAUCCAUGUGAUCCUCGAGACGGAACUUGCCUCUGUCCUGUAGGCCUUAGUGGUCCUAAAUGUCAACAAGGUGAG